ACGUAUCCCGUUACGGACGGUCGUCAUCACGGCGUCGGUGGGUGGGAAUUAUCGACAUGGUCAUGUUGCUCGACGAGCCCCCUCCCCUACCCCUUGUGUUCCCUUUAGAUUAAAUCUAAAAACUAUUCUAAAAUCCACACGUUCAAGUACUCAGGUACUCAACUUUGACGCCGCCGGGACGACACACCUGUUGUUAUUGUUGCCGAAUGUUGACUGGUUGUCGUCGUCGUCGUGUAUAGUAGUGUAAAGAGAAAAUAAAGUGGUCGUCAUCGUAGUCGUGUAAUUUGGGUACUUAUUCCGUUUACGCCGAACUGGUACAGUCGUACACACUACAGAAGUCGACCGAUUAUAACUACUAAAAAAAUGGAUUGGGAAUCAUUUUAUGACACGCACCCUUCUCCUUCAAACUAUGAAUCUAUUAUAACUUCUGUAGAAAAUUUUGUCUGCAGCCAUGAAAACGAAAAAAUGGUUUUGAUAACUUCUGGAGGAACUACAGUCCCAAUUGAACAAAAUACUGUCCGCUUUGUUGAUAAUUUUAGUCUAGGAACUAGAGGUUCCGCUUCUGCUGAAUACUUUCUUGAUGCUGGAUAUGUUGUUAUAUUUCUUUAUCGUUCCAAUUCAUUGGAGCCAUUUGUUCGCCAUUUCAACAAAUCUCUAUUAGAUAAACUGGAGAUUGUAGAUGAUAAAUCAAUUCAAGUAAAACAAAGUGAACUUGAUACGCUCUUGCCAAUAUUUAAGAAGUACAGAGAUGCUAAAAAUGCUAACAGAAUCUUAACAGUUCCUUUCACUACUUUGAUAGAGUAUAUGUGGUUACUGAGAGGUUCUUGCAUGCUUAUGGAUACCAAGUAUUCUUUACUAUACUUAGCUGCUGCUGUUUCAGACUUUUAUAUACCGCCUAGUGAAAUGGCUGUACAUAAAGUUCAAUCUCAUGAUGGACCUCCAAUGAUUGCUUUACGAUUGGUACCUAAAGUUUUAUAUGCUGUUACUCAUAUUUGGGCUCCAAAUGCUUACAUUAUUUCAUUCAAAUUAGAGACUGAUAAUGAGAUUUUAGAACAGAAAGCCAAAGGGGCUCUUACUAAGUACAAACAUCAACUUGUUAUUGGGAACUUACUACAUACAAGGAAACAUAAUGUCAAGAUAAUAGCUCAGAAUGGUGUCAUUGAAGAUAUUUUAUUGACUCCAACAGAUAUUGAAAAAGGAAUUGAGAUUGAAGAUUUAAUAGUAUCAAAUGUCAAAGCUAAACAUGACCAAUUCUUUGAAAGACAAAAAUAAUUAACAAAUUUAAUAUAUAAUCAAAAUUACAGUGGAACAGCAAUUAGGAAUUAUGCUCUUUUUUCAUUUUUCUUUAAUUGAAAAAUAUUUAUUACAUUAUGGUGUUUUUCAAACUUUUUAAGUGAUGAUCUCCCAAAUUGUAGUAUUCUGUUUUGCUACUUUUAAAGCUUCAAGAAUUUUUCAUUUAAUCAUUUAUGUAAUAAGUAAAACAUAUUUUCUUUGUAGUUAUUUUGUAGUUUUUAUGUAGAAUUUAUCAUGGUUGUUGUGUGUGUCUUUAUGGGAAUUGUUCAGGGAUAUUCCUACAAUAUUAAAAGUUUGGAUUAAAUAUGAACGAUAUCAGUUGAUUUUCAACGCAGUUCAAUAGCUCUUAUCUUAAUAUAUAUAGAUAUAUUUAUUCCUAAUAUGUAUUUAACUUAAUAUUUAUUACUUACUAUUUUGCUUUCCUCUAUCCUGCACCAACUCUCAUUAAUUUUACAUGCAUAUGCAUGCCCCACUGUAAGAAAACAUAACAAACUGUAAUAAUAUCAAUGUUUUUUAUUAUGUUGGGAAAAUCAUCUAAUUUAAAAACAUUAUUACAAAAUGCCUGGCAUUUUAUAGUCAAUUAUUUUGUUAAUAUACAAUUAAACCCACUGUGGUUUUUGUUUUCCAAUGAAGAUAACACAACAAAUAUCAUGGUGUCUUAUCCUGUUGUGUAUUCAGGAAGUUUUGUUUGUUUAUUAUUAAAAUUAUAUUUUUUUUCUUCUUUAAACUGUUGAAACAAAA